AUGACAUCAACAGGAAACGAAGCUGUAGAAUUGAGGACGUUGACGGCGGAGUCUACAGGCGGCGGUGUACCUGGUACUCCAAACGGUCCAGAAAGAGACUUAAAUAUGCUGCAGGAGGAAACAGAGCAUAGUCGUGAAGAGUAUCUGGAAGAGAUUCAACGUCGCAUUGAUUCGUACGAGAAGUGCGCAGCGGCUAUCACAGCGGCAACAACGUCGCUGCAGAAGCUAAGUGAGCAUUUAGAUGCUAUGCAUCAGGCUACGCAACAGUUAAAUGCAUUUACGAGUGGAUGGUUGGCGGUGUGGAAGCGACCCUCAGCAUAA